GAAGUACAUGGGGUAUUAAGUUACGUAAAAUGGAAGUACUCUCAUGUAAAGUACAAGUACCUCGAAUGUGAGUGAUUGAGUACAUGUACUGAGUUCACCGAGAGGACACCGUGCGGGAUAAAGACAGCUGAUUAAAACGUCACCAAAGGCCGAACAAAAUGGCCGUUUUGUUGCGUUUGUUUUGUCUAAAGCUCGUGGGCCGUCCGUGCUUUUCUGCGCAUGACAACUGCUGAGUUUCAAUUCCAGCAAAGUGGAGCGAAUGUGGAAACCGAAAGUGAACCGAGAGCUGUGAUGUGACGGAGAUGUUCACUGUGAGGUGAGAGCAGUUUGCUCUUCAGUCCUUCGGGUGGUCACCUGAGUGAAACCUGCACUCAUGUCUGGAAGACUCUGCUUUUUGCUGUCAAGAGCCACCGGAAGCGACUUCCGCUCCGGAAUGAGAGGCCUCACCAACUACUGUCUGUCCUGCUGCGUGAACACUUUGCUCCAGGCCUUCUCUGCUACCUGGGAGCUGGCAGACCUUCUGGACAAGUGGGAGACAGCUGGUGGGAGGGAAGACGAUCGUAACGUCCCCCUGCAGCUGAAGAAAGUUCUUGCGGCCAUGAGAAACGACCUCCCUCAGCCUGCUCCGCAUCACAGCUUCCUCCACUGCCUGGACAGGAACGACAUUCGACUUAAAACGCAGCAUGAUGCUGAUGAGGUGUUCCUCUUCAUCCUGAACUUCAUACAACAGCAGAUGGAUGACGAAACUCUGGCUCUUGAAAUCCAGAACCUGUACAAGAUUUCUCUGGAGACGCAGCUGCAGUGUUUAGUCUGUCGCUCAGUCCAGACCCAAACCAGCUACCUGCUCAACCUGCCUCUGCACAUAAACGAAGACCACAAUUCUCUGGAAGGCUGCCUGACAUCCUUCUUUAAGCAUCAGGAGCUAAAAGACUUAAACUGCUGCUUUUGUCCAAGCUGUGAGACUAAGACUCCAUCCAAACAGGGUGUCAGGCUGCUCUCCCUGCCUCAUAUCUUGUGUGUGAACCUGAAAAGGUUUCGAAAUAGCCGAGCUGGCACCCGAAAACUUGAUUGCAUGGUCACCUUUCCAGAAACCUUCGACUUGUCUGAGGCUGUCAGAGAAGCGCUCUCCCCAGACUUCGCCCAGGAGGACUGCAGGUACACUUUGUAUGCAGUGGUGGUGCAUUCUGGUUCAGCGAUGUGUGGACACUACACCGCCUUCGUUCUUCACAGGAAGAGUCAGCGCUGGUACUACGCAGAUGACAGCCGUGUUAAACAGGUCAGCUGGGAAGACGUGAAGACAACAUAUGGCGGACAUUACGGAGACACAGCUUACAUGUUAAUGUACAGAAGAGUUUUGAAAGAGGAGGGACAACAACCUGAGCUUUCCGGCUGAGUAGAUGCAGAUGAAUUAACCUGGGGUCAAGGUGAAAUAACAUGGGAACGUUAACUAUAGGAAUAUAAAUGCUUACAUGCUUCAAAUAUCUUUUUGUAAUGUUUGAUUGUGUUGUAUAUGAUGUUGAAUUAAUAUAUUUUUAAUGAUUUGUUUGAUGUCAGAGAGCUCUUUCAGUGCAUUAGUAAUUUCUGCCGAAAGCCAGCAGGUGGCGAUAAAGACUAAAAAUAGUGCAGGAUUUUCCACUGUCAGACCACACACACACACUGUGAACACACUCAGUGAUACUGUGAGGUUGGUUUGAAGAGAAUGCUUAGCUUAGAUAUUCUCUGUUUGGGGGGAAAUUCCUGCCAUAAGACUCAGUGUUCGUUUUCCUGACACUGCUGUAUAAAACAUGAGUCACCCAUGAAGAACAAUGAAGUCUUUUUUUGUUUUCUCUGUUGGGCCACCAACAACAAUUGUUUCAUUCUUAUUUUAUAUAUUGUAUUCUCUUGCUACCUGCAGGCCUUUUAACAUUACAAACCUGCUUUGGAAUGACACACCUCUAUGCUUUACUUAUUUGCUCUUGUUAAUGCAUCAACACCAGCACAUCUGAGCUCAAAAUGUAUGAACUUGAGGUACUGAAAGGUGCUUUUUUUAAGCAAUAUGUGUAUGUGAAAAUGCAUUGAGGAAAUUACAACAGAAAGAGGUUAAAUUUUGCAGCUACAGCCACAUGCUUAAAUGCUCAGUAUAGGCUGUCAUCAGAGCCUCUAAAGUUCCCACUGGCUUGGCCAGGCGUCGGGGGCCCGUGUGAAACGGUGCCUAUGUGCUGCAGAGCUCUGACAGAAUGGAACAUGUCUGCAUAGUGCCACAGGCAGCGGGCCUCAUGCUUAGUCAUCUCGCUGCCGUGUAGCACAGGCGCAGCGCGAUGCGCAGGGGCUAUCUUCAUCCCACGUUCAACCAUCACGGCUGUACAUUAUGUGUUUAGAUCUGAGUCACAGAUAUGGUUGGACGUUUCACAAUGAAUUCGUGACAUGGGGUCUCGUCUGUUCCUCCGACUUGGAGGCUAUAAGUAAUAAUAAAGACGUGCACUCAGAAAAUAAGCGACGUUGUCCGUUGUUGUUGUCUGUAGCAUAAACCCUGUGGUGGAGGCGCACAGAUCAAUUAAACAUUAACAUAUUAA